AUGAACGAGAAUAUCGGUUCUCAGAGCACCAACCUCGGGCCGGCUUCCGCUAGCGCCGAUACUGUAGCGUCGAAUUGGCAAAACCAUCAGUUCGUUGUUCCAGCGCCACCGCAACAAGAACGUAUUCGAGUGCAGCAGAGUUCGAAACCAACUUACACGACGAUGUCUGUUGCUCCAAACGGCACCCAUCCGACUCGCCGCCACCAGAACGUCUGGGAGCAAUGCAAGGCCUCGGUGCCUCGGUGCUUCAGCUACUCGAUGGUUGUGUGCUUCGGGGCUUCGCUGGCGAUAAUCGCCCUCUUCCUAAGCAUCAAGAACGGCUCCAUCAGUUGCGAAUUCGCUCCAACAACUCAAUCGAUUCCGGUUGACCUUGGGAACGGAGGUGUGAAGGAGGAGCCCGAUCGCCACUACCGCCGCCGUCGUUUUGCUGGAAAGGUCAAGAUGAUCAGAAAGCGCCGCUCUGCCGAUAUCAUCCCUUCUCAACAAGACUUCCCGGACAUUGCUGAUUACAACGUCGUUGGCAAGGAUUCGACUUCUUUUUCUAAUGUGACCGAGGGAGAGAUAGUCACUAUCAUCGACAAGCAGGAGGGGACAACAACCACGACCAAGACCACUGCCACGACGAUGAAGACGACGACGACAACUACGGCUGCUGGCGAGGAGAAAGCGGAUUACGGCGGGGAGGAUUGGAACGAAUACUCUUACGAUCUUGGCGACACUUUGUUCCCUGUUACAGCAGCGCCAACAAAAACAACUCUCUCCACGCUCAACCGUGUUUCUGUUGGCCCUUUGCUGCAGAAAGAGUUUGACAAUGGCCGGCUCAAUCAAAAAGACUUCUUCAACGCUGACGGUUCGAGCAAGAUGAUCUCCAGCAAGAUGCUUGCCGAGUAUUAUGAGCAAAUACUCGAAAUGGAGGCAGAUGUCAAUCGAACUCUGGCCUGCUUGAAGAAUGCGCGACGCGAUGUGUAA